GUCAGAAUGAAGGGUCACGUUUGAUUGCCCUUACUAGUUUCCCGCAGUAACAGUGAGGGAACCGAAUCAAUACCAUGGAUUACGAAACGGAAGGUUGUCUUCACGAGAUUUUUGUGCGCCAGAUGAAAAUAACCCAACAGACCGCCACAGCUGUUGUGUCGGAUGAUGGACGAUCACUGUCCUUCUCAGAACUGGACCAUCUCACGGAUGUCUUGGCGACGAAUCUCAGACACAAAGGGGUAAAAAAAAAUGUCGCUGUUGGUAUAUUUCUCGAGAGAUCGUUGGAAUACCCUAUAGCCUACGUCGCAAUUUUGAAAGCCGGCGGGGCUUACAUGCCCUUGGAACUUUCUUAUCCUAAAACUUUGCUUUAUUCGAUUCUGGAGGAUGCGAAACCCGCAGCGGUUAUUACGACUGCAAGUUUUAAAGAGAGAUUACCUAGCUCCGUUGAAGUGAUUGUAUUGAACGAGGGCUGGGAAGAGAAGCUCCAAGGGGAAAAUUCUUCGAAGCCGCCUCUGAAGGAGGUUGCAAGUACGAUCGAUGAUUUGGCAUACAUUGUUUAUUCUUCAGGGACCACUGGCAAACCUAAAGGGAUAUGUUGCCCUCAUCGUGGUGCAGUGUUUUCUUACACCUGGAGGUUUCAGAAUUUUCCCUUCGAGGCAGAUGACCGAGUGGCUUGUAAUAUUUUCUUUGUGUGGGAGCUGUUGCGACCUCUGCUGAAGGGAAUACCCCUCUAUCUCAUUCCUGAUUCAGUCAUUUAUGAUCCGUAUCUUCUGCUGAAGUUUAUGAAGAAGAAUGGAAUAACAAGAGUUCUCUUCACUCCAUCCCUUCUUGAGACGCUAUUAACUUGUGGAGAUGGUGAUCUUCCCGGUCAUUUGUCUUCUCUGAGAAUCAUCUGGUUGUGUGGGGAGGUGGUGACAACAGCUCUUCGAGACAGAUGCAUGAGAACGUUACCGUGGAUAAAGCUAUUGAAUCUGUACAGCGUCUCCGAAUGCCACGACGUGGCUACGGCAGAUCUGACCAAUAUGCCUUUUCAAAGUGAACUUUCAGAUUCUGAUGACAACAAACGGAAGUUUUGUCCUGUCGGAAAACUGUUACCAGGAGUAUAUGUGUCGAUCAUGGACGAGAAUUUGAAACCGCUUCCAGUGGGUUUAUCAGGAGAGAUUUUUGUUGGAGGGCCCACACUAGCUCAGGGCUACCUGAACAGACCAGAAUUAGAUGCCUCCAGAUUUAUAGAGCGUCCAAAUGAAGUGCCAAAAGCUGCUGGUCCGCGGCUGUACAGGACAGGGGACUGGGGAUACUUGCUAUCAUCUGGGUUAUUAGAGAUUUGUGGCAGAUGUGAUACAAUGGUAAAAAUCCGAGGAUACAGCAUUGAAAUACAGGCUGUUGAAGCUGCCCUGUUGCAGCUACCCAUGGUCAAUGGAUGCUCUGUGGUAGCCCACGGAGAUGAAGGUGAAGAUAAGUACCUGGCAGCUUAUGUUGUUCCAGAAGGGAAAGCUAACAAGAAAGAUAUCAGAGCUGCUCUGAAGACAAGGCUUCCAUUCUACAUGAUACCAUCACAUUUUGUUCUUCUUGCCAGUAUUCCUGUGACGCCUGCGGGAAAGCUUGACAAAAACAGACUACCUGCCAUUGGUUCAUCUGGAACUGAAGAGGAAAGUUUGCCCAGCACUCCAACAGAACACGAUCUCGCUAAGCUUUGGUGUGAAUUAUUAAACCUACCCAACAUUGAUGUUCAAGAGGGGUUUUUUGAUUUAGGAGGACAUUCUCUUUUGGUGACACAACUGCUGGUAAAAGUGAAUAAUAAGUUUGGUGUCAACUUGACAGUCCACGACCUGUUCAACUGCCCCACAGUAGCGGACAUGGCCAAGACGAUUGAUCAACUUAAGGUCAACACUAGCAGGAGUGAAGAUGCUAGGACGAAGAUGAAAGAAAGCUGUUCGUGCAUAAGGGAUAAAUCUGUGGACAAGGUUGACCUUCUGGAGGAAGUUAAUUACCAUUCAGCUGCCGAGGGAAUUAUGAACAUGGAUAUCAUGUUGAGAGCGUUUUGGCGCUCUGGAAACUUCAAGAACUUGCGUCGCUGGAACAGGGGACGUGUUAUGUUGACAGGCGCUACUGGAUUUUUGGGAGUAUUCCUGCUUAGGGACCUCAUCAGGUUGACAAAGGUUCACAUUUUCUGUGUUGUGCGCGAGCGACCUGGUGGUAGAGAUGGGAAAGAAAGGUUGAAGAAAGCUCUGCAGAGUUUCAAGAUAUUGCCACAAACGAACGAUCGUCAGCAAAUGACUGAAGAAGAGCGAUACGUGGACUAUGGCUUUGAGCACAGAGUUACUUUUGUGAAAGGUGAUGUUUCUCUGAUAAAGCUGGGAAUGAGUGAAGAAGAAUAUGUGCACUUGUCAUCCGAGAUUGACUUCAUUAUUCAUGCUGCCGCGGCAGUGAACAUGGUUUAUCCUUAUCAGGCUUUGCGAGGAGCGAAUGUUCAAGGAACCCAAAAUGUCCUUCUUUUCGCAUGUACCAGUAAAAUUAAACCUCUUCAUUAUAUCAGCACGGAUGCUGUGUUUCCGCACGGAUUGUCAAACUGUUCUGAAGAUGCAGACAUGAUGCAAUAUGCAUCGCAACUUGAGGAUGGGUACUCUCAAUCCAAAUGGGUAGCAGAACAACUUGUGUUGAGAGCCAGGACUCAAGGCCUGCCUGUAGUCAUCUACAGAUUAGGAAACCUUGCAGGCGACCGGAAAAACUUUCAGUGGAACCCACUCGAUUUUACGCUGUUGGUUUUUAAAGGAGUCACAGAAACAUUAACUGCGCCUAUUGUUGACUGGCAAAUAGAGAUGAAUCCUGUAGAUUUUGCCAGCGAAAUGAUUGUCAAAAUGACCCAGGAAAUGUCUACGACACUGGGGAAAGUUUAUCAUAUUGUGAAUCCACAACCUUUGAAUGCAAAAUGGUUGUUUGAAUGGAUGCGUACUUUUGGAUAUCCUUUGGAGAUGAUAACCUUUCCAGAAUGGCGUAAGAAAAUUGAAACUUACAGCAGUGGGAACCCAAAACGUGGACUAGCUCCUCUGCAACGCCUUCUCGAUAUCUGGAUGACAGAUUCGUCUUUUCUGUCCAACUUGAGCACUUACACUACCACAAAUUUUAAAGGAGUUAUGGAGCGGUUCAAAGUUGGGUUCCCUGUCUUCAAUGGCGAACUUUUGUCAAGUUACUUUUCCUCUUUGGCUGCUCAAUGUGUUUUACCGAGAAUCAAGAUCAGGUUAAAAGGUCCAAGGCCUCUUCAAGAUAAGGUUGUCAUAGUAACAGGAGCGUCCAGUGGAAUUGGUGAAGCAAUAUCUAGAGCACUUGCAGAAAAUGGCGCCAAAGUUGCCUUAGCUGCCAGGCGUAGGGAUAGGUUGGACAAAAUUCGAGACGAUAUAACGGAAUUAGGAGACGUGGCAAUUUCAGUGGACACAGAUGUGGUCACCAUUGAGCAGGUUGUUGAUCUAGUUUCGCAUACAAAAGACACAUUAGGACCUGUGGACAUCUUAGUAAAUUGUGCUGGUCUGGGAUUCUACACCGCAAUGAAGAACUGUAAUCUUGAAGAGUGGGAGAAAAUGGUUGAUGUCAACUGCAAGGGUGUGAUGAACUGCAUCGGCGCGGUGCUUCCAGGAAUGCUGGAAAGAAAGCAGGGACACAUCAUCAACAUCUCAUCAAACGCUGGCCGAAAGGCUUUUCCUGGAUUAGCCGUGUACGCUGCUACGAAGUUCUUUGUUGAGGCUUUGACGCAGAGCUUGAGGCUAGAGACAGUUGGAACCGGAGUAAAGGUCACGUCCAUUCAACCAGGCGAUGUGGCCACAGAGUUUGGUUUCCAAAGCUCAGAUGACGAGGCUCGGGAAAAAUACGAAGUUAGUGACGAUGUGAAAAGACUUGAUCCUUGCGAUGUCGCGAAUGCUGUUAUCUAUGCUGUCACACAACCUGCUCACUGCUCUGUCAACGAAAUCCUAGUGGAACCUACAGACGCUCCUUGCUGAAGAAGUCAAGGGCUCUUAGGACUUACUAGCUUCAGUCGGCCAGACGAACUCAUACAUACAGAGUCGGAUUUAUUUAAUUAAUCACAAUAACAACAAGUGUCCUUUUAAGUCAUUCUUUUUUAACGUAUUUCUUCAGUCGACCAAAGUUGUUUACCAUGAAUUGUAUAGCGAAAAACUGAUUCUAUAUUCUUCUUUUGUCAAAGUGAAUAUUCUACCUCUUCAAUAUCAUUUACAAAACUUUUUUUUUGCCAUGUCUUAGUUAGAUAUAGGGUUCUUGAUGGCAUUUGCUUCUUUGAGAUUCAAUCACAGUUUUUAGAACCGCCAUGAUAUUUCAUUUUGACUGCAAUACCUACAGUUUCUUUCCGUGCACUCGAGGCUCGUUCAGUAAACUUGUGUCGCACAGCAUAUUUCAUAUUUGUAUUAUUACUUAGAUUCAGCUUUAAAACUGUUUAGGCCCAGAAUACUGAUUACUUUCGUAGAACCUAGAAAAAGUAUUUCCCUUUUCUUUAAUAUUUUAAGUGUUACUGUUGGUUUGUUUUUACCAUGUAGUGUAGUUGCGACCAAAUCACUCCAAAGCUAAAUUCAAGGCUAGCGCCUUUACAGAAAAGACAUUAACUCGCAGGAGUUUAAAUAAACUGAGUUAAUCUUUUUGGAAUAUUAAUUUUGACCUCUUUAAUCGGACAUCCCGCCAAGCUGUAGUAAAAUUAUGUUUCGAGUGGAGUGAGUCCAAUACGGAUCGUUUUUAAACAUUCUACAAUUAUAUUUGUCACGCUCGACCAUAUAUCUUUUUAGUAGGAAAUGUGUCCAAGGCUAUGGUAGUUAGUCUAGUCAUUGAAUUGAUAUCACAACUGCACACGAAAUCAUCAAUGUUUGAGAAGGUCAGUUUAAAUAACGAAAAUAAACUGCACUGAUGAAUUUCUUGUUAUUUUACUUGGUUGUUUUCUCGGGAAAUUCCCGGGAAGCGUUCUAAAAUAAUUGUCUUACCUCGCGAGAUUAUUUGAAUGAACAAGAAAUAAAGUGUAUUUACAAUGAAA